UGCCUACUCUUUUUAACCUCGUCACUCUUGCCACACUCACAGUUCCCUUUGGCCGGAGGUGGUUCAACCCCGCAUCAGAUGCACAACCCGCUGGAGCUCAUCAGGAGCCUUUCAGCCGAAGCUCGGGGCCCUAAAGGAUCCGGCCCGACCGCACGCAAGCUCGACCUGCACCCAUGAUCUCCACCUGAGCUAGAGGACACCACCAGCUCCCUCCGCCCCUCAAACCCCACCGAUUCACACUUUUGGAAACUUUUCCGCGAUGAUUUGGGCUUUUGGAUUUGUUCUUCUGUUCGCUGCCUUCGCUCCACAGGCUGCAGGAAUUAAAGAUGUUGUUGGCAGCGGCGCAGGGCUGGAUUCAGGGCUGGAUUCAGGGCUGGAUUCAGGGCUGAAGACGGAGGCUGUCGUCCCUGUGCUGCGUUUGGCCGAGCUGCUGAAGAUAUCCACCACGAGUUCAGGACUUGAACUGAGCAGACGUCGGCCCAAGAGGUCGGUGUUUUUACACUCCGGAGUGAGGAUCUGCCCCCAGGAGACCAUCGAUGAAGUCCUGGCCAGCCACCAGGCUUACUACCAGCUCAGAGUUUGUCAAGAGGCCGUGUGGGAGGCGUUCAGGAUCUUCUUGGACAGGAUCCCCGGCACGGCCGAGUACCAGCGAUGGGUUCACACGUGUCAACACGAGUCGCUCUGCAUCUCUGACCUCGCCAGGAACUUCAGCAGCUCAGAGGAGCACAUGACCAUGAUCCGCAGGAGGAUGAACCGGCUGAGAGACACCAGACCUCCUUCACGAGUCGUGACUCCACCACAGAAACUCCCCGAGGCCCCAGUUUCAGGUCCAGAGGCUCCGACCGUCCCUCCAUCAGCCCCCACCUCCACCUCCACCUCCACCGCCGUCUUCCUCGGCCCCCCCAGCGGCUCCCAGACCCCCGGCCCCGAUCAGACCCCACCCACUGAGGACCUGAAGGAGGAGGUGGAGGAGAAGGAGGAGGAGGAGGACCUGAAGGAGGAGGAGAACCUGAAGGAGGAGGAGAAGGAGGAGGAAGAGGAGAACCUGAAGGUGGAGGAGGAGGUGGUGGAGGAGGAGAACCUGAAGGAGGAAGAGGACUCGGACCUUCCUAACGUGGUCCCUGAGAGUCCGGUGGAGCAGAUCGUUGACUUCAGCAUCGAUCUGGUGGAUCCAGGUUACAGGGAACUGCUGGACGACCCCGACUCGCCUCAGUACGUCGACCUGGCUCAGCACCUGCAGGACCAGAUGCAGCAUGUUUUUGAUGAACUUCCAGGAUUUAAAGGAAUCCACGUGCUGCACAUCAGCGAGACUCAGGACGUGAACGGGCCCGGAGGAAUCUCAGUGCACUACUCCCUCGUCUUUGAGAUCAACUCCCCUCAAAUCAACUCUGAGAAUUCAGAAACGGCGACAAAUUCGCCCAAUUCCUCGGCUGAUUCCGGACUCAGGGACAUGGUGACGAAGGCUUUACGUGAGGAGGCGUCUCUGCCAAUCGAUCUAGACUCACUGAACUUUGAACCAGCCGUCCACCUGCCAGCACUGACAUCAACUUCAGCAGCAGAGAUGGUGGACGAGUCCGGCGAACCCGAUUCACACAACGAGUUUGAGGUUUUCACCGAGGAGCCGGAGGCUGACAAACCUCGGCUGGUGGAGCCCCUCACCCCCAGGGAGAAGGAAAACGCCCUUGUGACGCUGUUAGACCCCACGGCUGUGCCGGAGGAGGAUGAGACAACAGCAGCAACGGGUUUGAUAUCAGAGGCCGGUGAUAAUCCCCAGGGAGACCUCACCGUUGAGACGUUUGACGUGACUGAACCCGAGACAUCAAACGAAGACAAGGACGAAGAAGAAGAAAUUCUAAUCAUUACACAUGAGAUUGAAACCAUUCAUCACGACGAAACCGGCGAACUUGUGAGAGACUACAUCCCGACCCCUCCUGAGAUUCUUGAGCUGGGGACAGAAGCUCCGUCUAUCAGUUUGUCUCCUAACGAGAUACCAGAGGACGUCCUGACUCCUGUUGACGAGGAUGGAGAAAGUCCUCGUUUGGAUGGUGUUCAGCUUGUCCCCACCACUCAGACUUUAUUCACUGCAGCUCCUACAGGAGGAGAGUUGACCGACAUCAGACUCUCAGUCACGACACUUUCCACCAUCACAGGCCAGCCGCCCACAGAGCCAAACCUUCAAGAUGAAGAGGUCAAUGCUCUGCCAGAUGAGGAUGAGGUAAAUUUGGAAACCGAGGAUGUUUCAGCGUUGGAAACUGAAGUUGAACUGUUAGAACCAGAAGAAGAGUCAGAGAGUCUUAAGCCUGAAGCAGAGGAAGAGAAACUACAAGAACCAGAAGUAGAAACUGUUGACAUUUCAGUCGACACUUCCCAGGAAGAAAAGGAAGAAAUAGUAGAUUCAGAAGUGGGAGUGGAAGAAGACGUGAGUGUUUCCCAAACAGAGGAGGAGAUUUCUGAAGUUACAAAAAAGGCUGAAGAACCAGAGGAAGGUCUAAGUGAGGUUUCAGAGCAAGUUCCAGAACCCAGUGAAGAGGACUUUGGUGGGGAUGUAGACAAGGACAUUUCUAAACCAGGUUUAGAAUUAGUACCUGAAACAGUGCCUGAAGUUCCCGAAGAAACAGUGCCUGAAGUUCCUGAGGAAACAGUACCUGAAGUUCCUGAGGAAACCUUACCUGAAGUUCCUGAUGAAACAGUAUCUGAAGUUAUUGAGGAAACAGUACCUGAAGUUCCUGAGGAAAUUGCACCUGAAGUUCCUGAGGAAAUUGCACCUGAAGUUCCUGAGGAAACUAUAUUAGAAGUCCCCAAGGAAACAGUACCUGAAGUUCCUGAGGAAACAGUAACGGAAGUUCCUAAUGAAAUAGUACCAGAAGUUCCUGAGGAAACUGUAUCAGAAGUCCCUGAGGAAACUAUAUUAGAAGUCCCCAAGGAAUCAUCAUCUGAAGUUCCUGAGGAAACAGUGUCUGUAGUUCCUGAGGAAGUAGUAACCGAAAUUCCUAAUGAAAUAGUACCCGAGGUCCCUGAGGAAAUAGUACCGGAAGUUCCUGAGGAAACUGUAUCAGAAGUCACUAAGGAAUCAUCACCUGAAGUUCCUGAGGAACCAGUACCUGAAAUUCCUGAGGAAACAGUAACUGAAGUUCCUGAGGAAAUUGUAACCGAAGUUCCUAAUGAAAUAGUACCUGAAGUUCCGGAGGAAACUGUAUCAGAAGUCCCCAAGGAAUCAUCACCUGGGGAAAUAGUACCUGAAGUUCCUGGGGAAAUAGUACCUGAAGUUCCCAAGGAAUCAUCGCCCGAAGUUCCUAAGGAAACAGUACCUAAAGUUCCUGAGGAAAUAGUAACUGAAGUUCCUAAUGAAAUAGUAACUGAAGUUCCUAAUGAAAUAGUACCUGAAGUUCCGGAGGAAACUGUAUCAGAAGUCCCCAAGGAAUCAUCACCUGAAGUUCCUGGGGAAAUAGUACCUGAAGUUCCCAAGGAAUCAUCGCCCGAAGUUCCUGAGGAAACAGUACCUAAAGUUCCUGAGGAAAUAGUAACUGAAGUUCCUAAUGAAAUAGUACCCGAAGUUCCUAAUGAAAUAGUACCUGAAGUUCCUGAGGAAACGAUACCUGAGGUUUCACAAGCAGAAAUAGACGUUGCUGAUAUUGUCAAAUCCCGGGAAGAAAAAGUUGAUGAGAUUCUAGCAUCAGAAGAUGAAGUUGCACAAACAGAGAGCGAAGUGGUGGACGAUUUGGAGGUCGAAGAGGAAGUUGUUGCUGCUCCGACACCAGUGGAACCAAAGCCAGAACCAGAACUUGGGCCAACAGAGGAAAUCCAAGCAACCGAAUUGACCGAAGAUGCUGAGACUGCAGACUUAGAAGAGGAGCAAGUUUCAGAACCAGGUGAAAAAGUGAUAGAGGCUGUAGAGCUUGCUCCAGAACUAGAACCUGGGAACGAAUCAGAAGAAGUGCCAGAAGGAACAGAAAUCACAGAACCAGAGGUGGAAGUUGUUGAGGAUGUAGAACCACUGGUACCAGUAGAGGAGCCCGUGGACACCUCAGAGCCACAGCUUCCUCCAGAAACUGAAGAAGAAUCAGAACCGGAGGUGGUAGUUGUUAGCCCAGAAGAGGAAUCAUCAGAACCAGAGGUGGUAGUUGUUAGCCCAGAAGAAGAAUCAGAACCAGAGGUGGUAGUAGUUAGCCCAGAAGAGGAAUCAUCAGAACCAGAGGUGGUAGUUGUUAGCCCAGAAGAAGAAUCAGAACCAGAGGUGGUAGUAGUUAGCCCAGAAAAAGAAUCAGAACUGGAGGUGGUAGUUGUUAGCCCAGAAGAAGAAUCAGAACCAGAGGUGGUAGUAAUUAGCCAAGAAGAGGAAUCAUCAGAACCAGACCCAGUGGUUAUUCUACCACCAGUAGGAGAGCUACCUGAGACUUCAGAACCAGAAUCAGGCGGGGAAGGUGCUGACAUCCCAGAAUUACAUCCAGAGGAGGGGAUAGUCGACAUUUUACAACCAGAACCCAAAGAAUCCAUUACUGAGCCGCCCGCCGAAUCAAUCAAAAUCAUUCGCCCCUUGGAUGGUUCGGAUGAUCUUCACUUCGGACAAGACUCUUUUCAGGUCGUUGAAGACAACGAGUUCCUUCGUCCCGCCGGCUCCGACUAUCAUCGGCCAUCACAAGAUAAUCUACCCGUCAUACCGGCAGACAUCCAGCCCUCUGAGGAGGACGCAGGCCACCCUGAAUAUCCCGUCAUCGAUGACUUUUACAUCGAGGAGGAUGUCGACAGCAUCGAUGCUCAGGUGUCAGAAACCACCGAUGAUAUCACAGAGGUGACAGCUCAAGAUGAGGAGGAAACAUCAGAGGGCACGAAAGACUUGACAGAGGAGACUCGAGAAGUAGUUUCGUCCCCAGAAACAGACGUGACGAGUGUGACGACAGCGCCGGUCUCAGACUCCAUCCCAACGCCUCCGGCUGCUUCAGUCGACAUUCCUCAAGUGCCCUCAGCCGUCCCGACGAUAGACUCGGGGCUCUUUGAGGUAGCAGAGUCCUCAGAGGACGACAGCACUGAGCCGGCCGUCAUCAUCAUCGAUGAGGACUUGGAGGAGGAGGCGAAGGAAGACGGGGACAGCCGCCCCAUUCCACCGGCAGCUCCUGAAGUAACGGUCGAUGAGGCCGUACAGGACCUCUCUGUGGAGCUGGAUCAAACAGAUUUACCAGUCACUGAGGCCAACGAGCCGCCGGGUGAAGGGAGUGGUUUCGCCUCCCUGGGUGAGGAACAGGUCACGGCCCGACCUCCGGUUAGAUACCUCACCACGCCGUCCAUGACAAAGGCCACCCGCGGCCGGGAGCUGGUGGUGUUCUUCAGCCUGCGCGUCACCAACAUGGACUUCUCCGAGGACCUCUUCAACAAGACGUCGUCUGAGUACAGAUCCCUGGAGAACACCUUCUUAGAUGUGCUGCUUCCGUUCCUCCAGGCCAACCUGACCGGCUUCAAGAAGCUGGAGAUCCUGAACUUCAGGAAGGGCAGCGUGGUGGUCAACAGUAAGAUGAAGUUCUCCAGGUCGGUUCCCUACAACAUCACUGAGGCCGUCCACUGUGUCCUGGAGGAGUUCUGCUCCUCAGCAGCCAGGAACCUGCACAUCCAGAUCGACACGCACUCCCUGGACGUAGAACCAGCUGAUCAGGCAGAUCCCUGCAAGUUCCAGGCGUGCGACGAGUUUUCUCGCUGUGUGGUGAACGUCCGGACGAAGGAAGCCCAGUGUCUGUGUGAACCGGGCUUCCUGUCGGUGGACGGCCUCCCCUGUCAGAGCCUGUGUGUCCUCCAGAAAGACUUCUGCCCAGGAGGAGGCGAGUGCCACGUAGUCCCUGGACACGGAGCCGUGUGCAGACACAAAGACAGAUCCUCCCCCCCGAGCCGGACCAGUUAGGACGACCGGAUCGGACGGCAUCUGAGAAUAAGACUCCAUGAACCAGGACCCGGCUGCAGAAACUCUUCCAGGCUUCAUUCUGUGAUUUGGUUUAUGUGGAGCAGAGGAGGAGGAGGAGGAACAGGACAAACCUUCAAACUCUUCAGAGCUUCACAUCAGAGGACGACGUCCCACUGAGGGAAAGAUGUUCAGGACCUUUUAAAACUGUGGGAGUGGAGCAGCUCUAAGGACGAUGGGGUUGAUUUCCAUCGACCCUGCACUGUUUUUGUACACGUCUGCCGACUGUGUCUGUAGUGAAAACGUUGGUUACAUGAAGUCAGGAGAUAAGGAAAGAACCUGAGACCCCAUUUUUAUUCAGAAUUUUAAAAUCAGAUCUUCAUUUACUAGCUUCAUCUCGUAUCAGUCUGCUGGUCUGAUCCACAAAACCUGAAGUGACUCCAGCUUCAGGUGUGAACACUGACCUGGUCUCAGUCCACAUGUGGAGCUGGUCUGGGACACACAAUGAGUCCUGGGCAUUAAACACAGGGGCGGGUACUGUUCAGGUACGUCUGAAACGGUGCUGGUGCUUAAAGAAUGAAACAAACAGAAACGGUGCCUUUUUAUUUUUAAGGCAUUUUGUGAUGUGAACAGAAUAUUAAUAUAAAUAAUAUAAAUAAAAUUAAGACUAAGGAAUAAAUUAGUCCACAUAAUAAUUGUCCUAAUAAACCAGUGUCGUGGGGUCUGUGAGGCAUCAGAGACGCUAUAUCUCUGGUCCUUUAAUGAAAUGCUAUGCUAAUGCUAAGGCUAUGUGUGGUCAGAUGUUGCAUCUAAUUCCAGGUGUUUCCUCCUUGUUGCAUCUUUAGAGGUGAAGUCCAGACAAGCUUCAGACAAACGCUUGGUCUUAAGGUUAGGAGAGCUAAGGAGGCUAAGCUAAUUAAAAAUUCAGUGGCACCAAAUAAAGCACCCAGCUAACUACCAUUAGCAUCAGCACCGUUAGCAUCAGUACCCAUCCCUGUUAAAAACCCUGUGUAUCUACUCAACAGAAGAAGAGCUGAACUCGUCCGUCCGUUUCUUUUAUCAUCAGAGACGUUUCUUUCCUCUGAGGAUGGAAGAAUCUUCCCGGGUUCACGUCUAAUCUUUGAGUCUUGUUCCUGAAUCUGGAUCAUGUCUCCAGGUCAACAAGCAGCUGAUCCUGGUUCUGAUCCAAAUCCAGUUCAUCUGACUCACAGAUCAUUCUGUGGAAACCGCUCAGGUUACGAUGAUUCUGUUAAUAAAACCUAAAACCAGACUUUCACACAGACCUGGACCUGGACUCCUUCCGACAGACUAAGACUGAGCUGUAUGAUUUUUAAAGGCACAUGUGUGUAAAUAACUGACUGAUAUUUAUAGAAACUAGAGUUGUAGUCAGGUAAUAUUCCCCAGUCUGGAUCUUGGGUUGAAUGUAGUUUGUGUAAAUAAUGUAUCAGUGAUGGUUAAUGCUGCUCAGACGUCUGCACCGUGGACUCUUCCUCUGUAAAAUGUUUAAAGAUUAUUUAUUUUACGUGUUGCGAUUCACAAAACAGUAGCUGAAAAUACAAACUACUGACGAACAACAGUUCCUUUCUUUGCUUUUAUUUUUUUAUUCCAAAGUAUUUUUUGAUGUGAAAGAAGGAGCGGAGAGCUGAGUGAAACAUGGAAUGCAUUUAUUCAUCCGUUAGAGAGAUCAGCGUUAGAAAAAAAUGACAGCGGACAGAAGGCAGUGCUCCCCGGAGGAAUGAUUGUAGCGGCUUCAGGAACCUUCCUGCUUCUUCUGGGAAACAUUUUCAGGGUCGAUGCUGCUGGAAGUUAGAGGCCAGCGAUGGGGUUUGAACGCUCGGCUUUAACCUGCACACAGACACUUUAACCUCCACCAGAAGGAUUCAAGCUACGUUUGAAAUGUUCUUCCCUCUGACAGCAGCCGGAGAUGAGCUGCAGCAACGCGCUCUGAUUGGUCUGAAAUACGUCGUCUAAUCUCAGUGGUCACGCGUCAUUCUUUCCUCCGUCAGCCUCCGACAAACCAUCUUCUCUCCAACAUUUAUCAGCUCCAGCUCUGAAACUAAGAGCUUUAAGAGCGACGUCGCUACAGAACGAGGAGGAACAUGUAGGAACCACUGAACGUUUAUACUAAGACAAACCCGUUGGAUUCAGAAGCUCGAAAAUGAAGCCCGGAGUGGGCGGAGCCUGCAGUCACCAUGUUGGAUGAGCUUUACUCCGCCCACACUCAGACACUCCAAAUAUGGACAUGGGGGAAUUAAUUAUGCAGAAUUUUAAAUGAUAAGAAAAAAUAAACAAAUGAGUUAGAAAAACUCCCAUACAGUUGUUAAUUAUUACAGCUAUUGAGACCAAAAUCAUGUUUUGUACCCGGCUGUAAACAUGUUUAACAUCACCCAGAUCCACCAGGACGACGGCGGCGGCGGCUUGGAGCCUUAACGCUAUUUUCUUUCAUGUAAACUGGGCUCAGAUGCAGGAGUGACCACGUCGUUGUUACUCUUCCAGUUUGUCCCAUUAUUGCAUAGACCUGAAUGGUUUUAUGGUGCGUUCAUUUACCUCAGGGGUCAGAGGUCGGCGCUGGGAACGACGUCACACCUGAGUUAUCAGCGUUACAGUAACAGAAGACAGAAAACAAGAUGGCCGCCUCCAUGGAAGCUCUCGCCUUGUCCCGAUAUAACUUGGUGGAAACCUGGUUUGUUCAAUAUUCACAUUUUGUAAAAUAACUAAUAUUAUUUCUAUAAUGUUAAACUGAAUUUAGCCUAUUUAAGAUACACAAAUUCUAAUCAGAACAGGUAACUUGAACCAACUCAUGAGUUUUUUUUACUAGAAUUAUUUAAAGUGAUGAAAUCUACAAGACAACACGAAUCAGAAACUUUUUAAUUGUUGAACUAUUGAUCCCAGUUUACCACGAUGGUGUUUGUCUCUGUUCUGGUUUUACCAGGCUAAUGUUUUUAGCCGUUGUUAGCGCGACAUGAGGCUUGUAGUUUUAGUUAAUUAACAGCAUUUCAACACAUGUAUGUGUGAAAAUCCUGUAUGUACGACCGGUUUAAUAAACAACAACUAAUCAGAAGCUAAUAAAAGGAUUGUUUACACAGGGGGCGGCCAUCUUGGAAACUCAACUCGAGGGUAGGGAGGAUUCUACGACUUUCUGAGGAGAAAAAACGACUACGGGGACGUGAUAGUUGGGAACUCCGACUUCUGAGAACAAAGUGAACGCACCAUUACAGAUGGACAAGGCGGAGCUGGUCUUCAGUUCGAAACCCUACAACAACUGUGUGAAGCUUCAUCUUCUGCCCACGGCCAACGACCGAAUUCAGUGGAGCCGAAUCGAUCAACAUCAUCCGGUCUGAAGCUCGGAGGAAGGAACAUUUCAAACUGCUGUAAAUUGAAUUCAACAUCGCUUCUUUGCAGCCAGAUUUCAAACCUCUGUGUCAGCGCGUUAAUGCCGAUGGUAAAAGGGGCUUCGUGCACCAACAGAUCUUAAAGCAUUCAGACAAUCUGAGGGAACAGAAAAGGAGAAUAACGCAGCGUGAGCUCACGACAGAUUGUCUGUAGUUUUUUUUUUUUACGUACACGGCCGAGAAAAUCUGCUUUUCUUUCUUUCUCUAUAGCGAUUUAUUGCUUCUAGUUAUGGUCUGGUGCAUCAGAGCCACCGAAGUUCACAAGGUUUUCUCUCCAAAACAAACCGUAGGCCGCACGCGCCCUAUAGAAAACGUUCCAGUUCAGUUCGAGCCGACAAUCGAGGAGCUUCUCACACACAGCA